AUGGCUAUCGGCUCAAAAAUUAUCAAGCCCGGCGGUGCGGACCCCGAUGAGUUCGAGAAGUCGAUUGCCCAGGCGCUCGUUGAGCUAGAGGCCAACAGCGACCUGAAGCCCUACCUGCGCGAUUUGCACAUAACCCGUGCACGCGAGAUUGAGUUUGGCAGCAAGAAGGCCGUCAUCAUCUACGUGCCCAUUCCACAGCAGAAGGUGUUCCAGAAAAUCCAGAUCAUCUUGGUGCGCGAGCUGGAGAAGAAGUUCUCAGGCAAGCACGUUGUGGUCAUUGGCGAACGCAAGAUUCUGCCCAAGCCAACGCGCAAGGCGCGCAACCCGUUGAAACAGAAGCGCCCACGCUCGCGCACCCUGACGGCUGUGUACGAUGCCAUUCUGGAGGAUCUGGUCUUUCCCGCCGAGAUCGUUGGCAAGCGUGUCCGCGUCAAGCUCGACGGCUCUCAGCUGGUGAAAGUGCACUUGGACAAGAACCAGCAGACCACCAUCGAACACAAAGUUGAUACCUUCACAUCGGUCUACAAGAAGCUUACCGGUCGCGAUGUUACCUUCGAAUUCCCAGACAACUACCUGAAUGUCUAGAGGUGUUCCACUGGCAAUGUCGUCGUCGUCGCGCUGGUUCAGUUCAACAAGAAAUUCUGUCGUACAGAAGAUGCGUUUUGUUUUUAACAUGAGCUGAAAGAACGCAACGUCAACUAAAUAAAACAGUAAACAUUUUUAAAAAUUUAA